UGUGUGUGUGUGUGUGUGUGUGAGAGAGUGACUUUAAGUGGUAACUUGGAGAGUCGGAGAGCUUCUCCCAUCCACAGAUCUGGUUUUCCGGUCAGAAACUUCUACAUUUAUUGUGACUCACGAGAACAUUUAGAAGAAUUAUAAAGUGACCGUUUCACAAAAAUAAAUAACAAACGUGUAAUAAAUUACACAAAACAAUACUGAAAUGUGUCUGUAGCAUCACAUCGCACCACUGCCACUCCUGCUUUGUAUUUUUCUUAAAUGGAAAUUAAAUUUAAAAUAAAAAAGAGGAGCAAAAAACUCCAACAUUUAGACGUAAUUUUGACUUUACUGCCCUUUAAAAAACAAAAUAAGUGGUUUAUAAACUAGGACAGAUGCUAUUUUGGUUACAUUUUACCAUAUAUAAUAUUAUAUUACUACAUUUCACCUGUAUUAAACUUUCCCCUCUUUAUCUGAACUUAAGUUCUUUUAUGGAAAUAAUAAAUGUAUAUUUCUCAAAGUAAAAUGUCAAAAAAGUAACUCAAAAUGACAUUUUACAUUUGUUUUAAGCAGUGUGAUCCUGAUUAACUGUCUUAUUAGUUGGUCACUACCUCUCAUUGUGCUCCUCUUCCAGUGAAUACUACUUCAGCCUCCACAACCUGGAGCGAGACUUCUUCCUGAGGAGGAAGAUGGACGUGCAGGGCUUCCUCCCCAUCUCCCUCAUCGCCAGCUUCCACAGAGUUCAGGCCCUCACCGUGGAUAUCAGCCUCAUCAUGGAGGCACUGAAGAGCAGCAAAGAGGUGGAGCUGGUGGACAACAAGGUUCGCUGUAAAAUCGACCCGGAGCGCUGGCCCAUCCCGACCCCUCCCGUCGUGGGUUCCCCCCGGACCGACUUCUCCCAGCUCAUCAACUGUCCCGAGUUUGUUCCCCGACAGACCCUCAGCUCCACAAACUCAGCUUCAUCGCCCGAGAAGGAGAAGACUCCUCCUGAGUGCGACGAGCCUCAGGACUCGGCUGAACCCAUCGGCUCCUCCAGCCAGGAGGCUGUGCCAGCCAAAGACGCCGACGUCUGGAUCCAGGUGGAGAAACGCCACCGACAGCCCCCCGGAAAGGAGCGCAGCGAUGCUUCUCCACGCGGCCACCCGGCUGCUCAUCAGGCCGCUCCCGACCAGGAGGAGCUGGACUUCCUGUUCGAUGAAGAGAUGGAGCAGAUGGCGCCGAGGAAGAACAAGUUCACCGAUUGGUCGGAUGACGACGACUCCGACUACGAGCUGGACGACCAGGACGUCAACAAGAUCCUCAUCGUCACGCAGACCCCUCCUCAUUUGCGCAAGCACCCUGGCGGCGACCGGACGGGAAACCACGAGUCCCGGGCCAAGCUGACCACCGACCUCGCCAAAGCCAUCAACGACGGGCUGUUCUACUACGAGACGGACCUGUGGAAGGGAGAGGAGACGGUCGAGUGCAGCAAGCAGGAAGUGGAGAACUUUAAGAAGCUGAACGUCAUCAGUCAAGACGAGUUUGAAACUCUGACCCCCAAAGUGCCGGCUGACCCGGAACAGGAAGUCCCGCCUCCUCUCAUGCCAGUGGACAGCGGAGCAGAGUUGGCCCGCUCUCUGCCUACAACGGUCCCAGAGUCGCCCGUCGCACUCCAACCCCGAACCCCCCGAACGCCUCGCACCCCCGGACGCCAGGACCCCAACAAGACGCCACGCUUCUACCCCGUCAUGAAGGAGAGUGGCACCAUCGAUGGACAGACGCCGAGGAAGAAGAAGACCCGCCACAGUUCCAACCCUCCUCAGGAAGCCCACAUCGGCUGGGUGAUGGACUCUCGUGAGCACCGGCCGCGCUCUGCGUCCAUCAGCAGCUCCAACGCCUCCCCGUCAGAAGGAGCUCCGCUGUCGGGAAGUUACGGCUGCACCCCCCACUCUCUGCCCAAAUUCUGGCAUCCAACCCACGAGCUGCUGAGGGACAACGGCUUCACUCAGCAGGGAUACCACAAGUACCUGCGACGGUGCCUCAACGAGAGGAAACGGUUGGGCAUCGGUCAGUCUCAGGAGAUGAACACUCUGUUCAGGUUCUGGUCCUUCUUCCUGAGGGACAACUUCAACAGGAAGAUGUAUGAGGAGUUCAAACUGCGUGCGCUGGAAGACGCCAAAGACAACUACAGGUACGGACUGGAGUGUCUCUUCAGAUACUACAGCUACGGUUUGGAGAAGAGAUUCAGGUUGGAUCUGUUCAAGGACUUCCAGGAGGAGACCCUCAAGGACUUUGAGAGAGGUCAGCUGUAUGGACUUGAGAAGUUCUGGGCCUUCUUGAAAUACUCUAAGAUGAAGAAACAGCCCAUCGACCCGAAGCUGCAGGAACACCUCUCCCAGUUCAAGAACCUGGAGGACUUCAGGGUGGUGCCCCCGAUGGGAGAGGAGGGAGGCAGGAGGAGACAUCACUCAUCCUCGGCUGGGGAUGAAGGGAGGCGUCGGCGACAUCCUUCCAACACUACCUCAAAGCCCACGCAGGCCUCCAAGUCCUCCACCGCCGCACCGAGCACAGCCAAAGACAACGCCCAGAAGACAACCGCUGCCGCCGUCGAGGAGAAGAAGGCCAAGUCCGGAGCCGCCAAGAAGGAAAGUGUUGCACCAAAUAAAUGAAGCUCCCUCCGGUUCAGGUGUGGGUUUGGAUAGAAGACAUGUAGAGCGAGGUGGCUGCAGCAGCUCUGAGAUCAGCGUUUCGCUCUUUUCAGCGGUUUUGGGAAUGAAGAGAGGCUGAGCGUGGUCGACUUAAUUGUAUUGUUUUUUUAUCUGUGCAUUUCAUUUGCAAAGCAAGCAAGCAUAGGCAGUGAGCCGGAAUCUGUGCGCCUGACGGCUCAUAUAAUGUUUACAACACAAAAAAAAACUAAAACGAAAAAAAAAUGCAUUCCUUGCAUUUUGCCUUUUUAUUCUCUCAGAUGCCAAAACUCGACAACACUUUUCUGUUGAGCACAAUCUGUAAAGAGCUCUGGUCUGUAUGGAGCUCUCCGCCUGUUGAACUGUGACUCUAGUUUGCCAAGAUGAGAGAUCCUGCAGAUUGUCUUGAGUGCCUUAUUCUGAUUCAGCAGUGAAGACAGGAGCACUGUCGACCCGAGACACAAUAGUCCAAAUUUCACUUUUUACGGUCUUCCCAAUUCAUUACUUGGGGUUUGAACAUGUUUAAAACUGACACCACUUGCAGGUUUAAUCUCUUCUUGAGACAUAAAUAUCUUAUUUUUCUUUUAUCAUGACAAUCAAGUUGACAGCUGCAGUCAUAGAUUUGUGAAGGACUGACCCCCGAGGCUGCUGCUCACUAACAGAUGUGGCCAGAUGUUCAGACCGACGGACAUCACAGCGAAACUUAUCAUGUUGGUUUUUCAAUUAACACCUGCAGGAAUUAUGACAAAUUUAAAGUGGGAAGCUUUAUUUCAAGUCCCAUUUUUACACCCAGAGGUAGUAUAAUUUAUUGUUUUAUUCUUGUUUUUAUUUUUACUUGAUUUGAAAUGUGUCUGCUGGAGUUAUGGGUGUGAAGCUAGCGUCAUUAAACCACAGUAUAAUUUAGCUUACUUCAUAUCAUGUUUGAGGCUUUGUGCUCUAGAGCGCUUAAAUCAUUAACUUUCCUUUACUUGAUCGAUGGACUUAAGAGGUUUUUAGAGUUGAAUUUAAAGAAGAAAAAAAAAAUGUAAAUACUAUAAAAAAUCAUUUGCUAUUCAAUUAUUCUUUUUGAUUUUAAGAAUUGAUUUGUUUUAUCGGUAGUGUGGUGUUGAGUGUGUUUUAGGAUAAUGCAUGUUAAUGCUACAGUCUUGAAUUGUAAAAUGCAAAAAAAUAUAAAAUAACAGCUGAUUGUA